AUGGAGACUGCGGCUUCUUUAACGGACGCGCCGACUGUCAGUCAUGCGCUUGCGCUGGAGGACCACAAUCAGAAAGGUGCGGCGCAGGACGAUCACGAUAUGGAAGUGAAGGACUUGGGAUGGCAGGAUCAUGUCAAGGACCUUCCGAAGCCGCUUGUGGGUGGGCUGCCGAAUGAUGAGUUGUGGAUUCUUUUGAGGAGAUUCAAUAAGCAAAUGUACCAUGUCAAGGACUACCCGUACCCGGUGCCCGGUAAUCUGGAUCUCAAUAUCGCGGACGAAGAAGAAUUCUCUCCCGAUAAGCUGCGCGCAAACCUCGAGCGUCUGUACAUGACAGUGCUCAUCCCUCUCUUGGCAGCUGGCAAACAUUUCAUGCGACUGAGAACUUGGCGCGAGACUCGCCGCACCGGAGCUUUCUGCGCCGCCUACUUCAUCGCUUGGAUCUUCGAUCUGAUUCUACCUCUCGUACUCGCAGUGGCAAUCGCACUCAUCGCCUACCCACCAAGUCGCGAACUUCUCUUUCCUCCAGCGCCGCUCGCGCUCGUCAACGCUAAGACCGGAGGCGUGCAGAAGCCAAAGGCUGGAGUGUUGGGAUCGACUGAUUCCGCGACUGGAGCUCCAGAGAAUCACAAGGGAGAGGCUGUAGAGGCCGAAGCUUCAGCGUUCGUCAACAGUAUCGCUAAUGUCGCGUUAUCGAGCGUGGCAGGCAAGCAUCCGCAAGGAGACCUAGCCGAAGAUGAGCGUCAAGAUGGUCCUGCGGACGAUGCGGUGCCGGACCCCACGGCGAUAGCAAGUAGUGCGGCCAACGCUCGUUCGACUGUUCAAGGUGGCAAGGGGAAGCAUGACAAGGCCAAAGUUCCGAUGGAGACUGCCAUCUGGAACACAAUGCGUCCGACUAUGCAUGCCCUGGCCGACAUCUCGGACACCUGGGAGCGCUUCGCAAAUGCCCUUUCGCCAACUCCACCGUUCCCACACGACCUCUACCGUCUUCGCCUUGCCGCUGUCGUUGUUCCAAUGCUCGCCGGCUCAUUCUUCCUGAACUCCUAUAUGAUCGUCAAAGGCGUUGGCUUCGGUGUCGGCUUCGGCAUCUUCGGCGAUCCCCUGAUCACUCGUGGUCUCGAAUUCCUCAAUUCAAAAUUUCCUCGCUGGCAAAAGCUCCUUGAGCUUCGCAAUACCCUUCUUAAAGGAGUUCCGACCAAUGCCCAGCUCACCGUCACACUUUUACGCAUUGGCGAGGCAAACAAAGCUCCCCUUCCUCCUCCACCUAUGUCCGCAGGGCACCCGGCCCACGAACCCGUGAAUCUCACCGAAGACGAGCUCCGUGCUCAUGGCGCCGAUUGGCCUCUCAAUGCAACGGAUGGGGAAAUAGCUGCGGCUAUGGCUUCCGACCCUAGCGUCGCCCACGAGUCCGCCGGCCAAGACGUCGAUGCAGGCAAAGAGAAGACCCAUGGCAAGAAGGGCUCUCGCAUUCUUGGCCUGUUCAAAACGAACGUCAAAGGCGCGGUCAAUUCUGCUCUGGGCAUGGACCACCUCAAAGCCAAGGCCGGCAGCGAACACUCCAAACAACGCCUCGGCGUCGUGCCCAAUCCUAAGGAAAUUCACCUUUCUGGCCCGGUGGACUUCAAAUGUCGCUUUCACGGCAAGAAAGGACACGCCUUCAUCACCAGUAAAGCCACCAUUCCAUGUGUGGGCUUCAGUCUAGACAAACACAUCACCAACGACACGAAUGAGCUGCUCGAAAACAUGACGCCAGUGUGGAGCGUCGCGGUGGCGGAUAUCCAGGAGAUGAAGAAGAUUGGUGGGCUGGGUUGGAAGAGGAAGUUGGUGGUUGGAUGGGCGCUGGACCGAGAGAUCGCGGAUGGGUUGGAAAUUAUCGAUAAGAAAGGGGAGAGCUAUAUCAUCACGGCGAUGAUUUUGAGGGACGAGUUGUUCAAUCGGCUGAUUGCUAUGGGUGGACAGAGGUGGGAGGCGUGGUGA